AAAGGAUUUUAUAUGGAUUUGAUCAGUGGUGAAUGUCAUCCAUGCAGUGACUGUUGUGGGCAAAGUGACAAAUAUCAUGAAAAACAGUGUGAGGACUCUGGAUUUUCUAGUAGCAAACAAUGCAGGGAACAUAAUUUAAAUUGUCCUGAAAAACCUCCCAAAAGCACUGCUGAAAGCAACAACAAUGACAAAGACCAGGGAGGUCUUGAGGCUUUGGAAGUUGUAGGUAUUGUGCUUGGAGCAAUUUUGUCUUUAGCUAUCAUCAUUGUUGUGAUCCUUGGUAGGGUCUAUGGCUGGCAUGUGAUCAAAGAUACCCUGAUGAGUUGGUUUUGUUAUUGCUGCCAUCUUGGAGCAUCAGAUGGUCAUGGAAACACAAUGUAUUUUGAUCCAGCAGAUGGCCAAAUACAGAGAUCCGAGUAUGACCCUGAACUAGGCACAGGGAAGAGUGAACAGAAUUUCUCAGAAACUCCAGAGAAGACUUCUGAGUCAGAGUUAUUAGACUCACUAGUUCAUCAGCAAAUGCAGUCUCAGCCUCCAGCUGAAACAAAGGAAACCCAAAGAGGAUUUACCCGCUCAUUUUCACAUCCAGGGGUUCUUAAUACCAAGGUCCAAAAGGGAACAUCAAAUUCCAAUUGUAUCCAGUGUGUUGGAAGUCCAAAACUUAACAAACCAUCAAGAAUUGGAUACAGUCUAGUAGCAUCAACUGAGCUUUCAGAUGAGGCUGUUUUCAACAGGAAUUCCUCAGAAUCCAUUAAUGCCAGGUGUCAACCAAGGAAGCCAGAAAGAUUUGAGAAACCAUCAGUAAAAAGUCAGCACACUUCAACCACGGGCCUCUACCUCAGUGAGACGUGUGGAACCUCACUGAAUGGCAUUCCACAGGAUUUCCAAAACAGCCUCCUGAGCAAAAAAAUGUCUGCUAUCCCAUUGAUGUUCCAUUCAAAGAUGUGUUCCAAGCUUGAUGUAAGGCGGUUGGCUUUUGAUGACUUCCGCCUUCUUGGAGAAGAGAUUGGAUUGACCAGAGAUCAAACUUUGUGCCUCGGCCAGAUGGAAAACCCAACUGAUCAAAUGAUAACCAAGUUUUACAAUUCUCAGGAGGGUAGCUGUGUUUCCAAAUUUCGGGGAAUACUUGAGGGAAUGAAAAGAAGUGAUGUUGUAGAUGUAAUCGAUGAGUGGGUUAAGUAUGAAUGGUUGAAACAAUGUAAUUCCUCAACUGUAAGUAGAAGGCCACAGACAUGUGUUUGAAUUUGUUUAAAUCAAGAAUGCAUACAGUGUUUAGUGACAAGCAUUUUGCUUUUGAUGACUUCUGCCUUCUUGGAGAAGAGAUUGGAUUGACCAGAGAUUAUACUUUGUGGCUUACUCUUGGCAAGUUUGGCAACCCAACUGAUCUAAUAACAACAAAGUUUUAUUAUGCUCAGGAGGGUAGCUGUGUCAGAAAAUUUUGGAGAAUACUUGAGGGAAUGAAAAGAAGUGAUGUUGUAGAUGUAAUUGAUGAGUGGGUUAUGUAUGAAUGUUAUGAAUAGUUGACACAAUGUAAUUCCUCAACUGUAAGUAGAAGGCCACAGACAUGUGUUUGACUUUGUUAGAUCAUGUAUGUAUACAGUGUUUAGUGACAGUUGCAUGUUUUUUUGGCAAUGUCAGUCUGUAAAUUAACCAUUGGCACUCAUCUAGUGUAUCAUUGUGUAUAUUUUAUUUACUUGGGUUCAUUUAUUUUAAGUGCAUAUUUUUUUGCUAUGUUGCAUGAACUUUAUUUGCAGUUAUUUUGCUUUUGUAUCGCUAUACCUACUGAAUUUUUUUUGAGACCAAAAGUGAUGCUGGCAUCACACAUGUUUUGUUUGAUUUUAAUAGUUAGUUAGCUUCAUAGAUAUAAUUGCAAAUAUCUUUGCAACAGUAUUUGUUAUUUGGUAGUGUGCUUUAAGCAAGGUGCUUUGAAAAAAAAAGAAAAAAAAUUAUAUAUGGUAUUUGCAACUUUGUAGUAGGCUUUGAGCUUCAGAAUAUUGCUUUAUGGUAUGUGCUAUUUCAUAGUGUGAUUUGAGCCAAGUCCUUAGAAAAAAAAUUUCCAUAUGUUAUUUGCUCUUUGGUGGUGUGCAUGGAGCAAGAUGCUUUAACAGAAAAAGAAAACAAAAAAAUUGUUUUAUGGUGUUUUCUAAAUUGUAGUGUGCUUUGAGCGAGGUGCUUUUAAAAAAUCGUCAUGGUAUUUGCUAUUUGGUAGUGUGCUUUGAGUAAGGUGUUUUGA